CGAGGAUCUCAAGAACUACAACUACGUCCUAGUCAGUAAGUAUUGCGGCCAAGUGCAGCUAGCAGCAGACUCGUCACCAUGCAAAUGCAUCCGUUCCUAAGCGAGCGUAGCUCCCCACGGCAAAUGCGACGAUGCCCCAGUGCGGGCGCGCGGUUGUUUGGGGAGAGUCUCACCGGAAGUACGAGCUCCAACCCUUUUCUUGCACAACCGUCGAAAGGCAAGCAAAGCACGCGGAACCGCAGCAUCGCGGCGUCAGGAGAGUUCUUGCAAGACUACACGAGCCGACGUGAGAACGCAGCACGACCUGGUGGAGAUUCUCAUCGCGAUCAAGACGAGAACGUUGUUUCUGAGCAGCACAGUUGUUGGGAAUUGCCAACGCCGCAGGAAUCUCCGCCGCCACGAACUACUACUACACACGCUGCGUACGUAGGGGUGACUCCCGCGCACGACUUUGACAACAUCACGCGGGCUGAAAACUUGGAAUCUCCCUACAACGAGUCUCCGCUGUAUAGCGAAUCGCCCCGGUCGGCUUCGACACAGAAACGAUUGCUGCGGCGACAACAGGCGCAUCAGAGCAGGAGAAAUCAUAUGGCAUCAGGAGGUGGGUCUUUCGGCUGCGACGAGGAGCACUUUCCACUUGAGCCACCAUCUGCAAGCUCUAUAUUCAACAAAAAAAUGUUAACAUUAACAUUUUCACUUGCGCAAAAAAGAUGGCAACUUUUGACCAAAUUUGCCGGUCAAUGUUAACAUUUGCCCAAAAUCCUGCAUUUCUGCACGGGAGUCUGGACUUUGGCCGAAAUGUUAACAAUUGCCUGAAAAUCUGCAUUUUCGCACGGGAAUCUGCGAUUUUGCUCGAGCGCCAAUUUUUGGCCAAAAAUAAGGAAUUCGGCCAAGUCGCAGAAUCUCGAGCGAAAAUGCAGAUUUUCGGGCAAAUGUUAACAUUUCCCCACGAUUCCAGAUUCCCGUGCGGAAAUGCAGAAUUUUGGGUACAUGUUAACAUUUGCAAAAAAAAGUCGGCUAUUUUGACUCAAAAGCUGACUAGUGAGAAUGUUAAUGUUAACAUUUUUUUUUUGGAUACUCUAAGAAGCACUAUCAGCAACUGCUGGACUUGAUGUCGGGUAAGGAGAAUAAAAGCAAAGGUCGUGGAGGUGGACAAGGACAUCAUGAUCGAGAAGAACCGAACGGCGGACAAGACGCCACGAUAUUGGAUGAGCACCAGCGAGUUUUGAACUGCAGUCCACAGACAGAUUUUCCUUGGUCAGCCGACCGAGACGCACGAGACCGAGAUCAACAACAGCAGCAACGGAUUUUUGGAUUUUCUCGCUCUACCGGUGGAGCUGCAUGUGACUCUUCUUCCUCUCGCCGAAGCCAGGAACAACAACUGCAGGAUAGGAAAACAAGCACUUGCCAUUCGAACCAGAACAGCGCGGGGCGAGGACAGCUGGAUACGCAAACGUCGGAUGGUUUGCUGGAACUGAGUCGCAGCGAAGUCGUGGACGAGUUCGCACAGGAUGAUAACGAUGAGGAAGAUGAACGUCUUCAGCCGCUCUCGCUGUUGAAUCAGCCUGAAUUUCAGCAAGCGGAAUCCGAGUUUCAGUCUGCAAAAGCCUCUAGCUCAGUUCGCGAUGUUGAACAGGAGAGACGAGACGCUGACAUCGUCCAACGUGAGGUCGCAGCCCACAAGAAGCAGAUGCAGGAGCGGCUCCUGUUGCAAGCAGAGCGACUGCGGCUGGGGUUGAGCGCGGGAGGGCUACAGCCCCGUCGUGGAGUUGUGGGGUCUUGUGGAGCGGAUGCAGGUGCGGGCCCGCAGCCUGAUAGUGCCGAAGAGUUGACUCUUCCCGGCGGCGCGUCAUCUGCCAGCCUAAUCGACCGCGCGUUUCUGCAGGAGUCCGGCGACGCAGGUUGUUCCCAACACCGAAGCCCACCGUUUGAGAACCGAGUGGAUAAUGGACGUGGGAUAUGUUCAGGAGAGUCGCAGCAACAAGCUGAUCUGACUUCUCUUCAGCGCCCACCAAUUCAUCGCACGUCAUCCUCCUCGACAAGGGGAGAUGCCGCAGGUCCAGGUGCCAGUUCCACUACAACGACGCCGGAAUUAGAGAAGUCCAAGUCGACCUCGUCAGGACAACAGUUUCAACAAGACCACGCACAAAAAAUCAAAGACCAAAAAGAGAGCCACAACUACAAAAGCAGUGGCGUGUGCCGUGGUCUGUUCAUGAAUGAGCAGGUGCAGAAGGAGGCGGAGAAUCAAGAUCGCAUCGUCAACAGAGCACAUGGUUCGCUUUCCAGCGGGUCUUCCGAUUCCACGGUCAUUUCCAUGAUCGCAAACGAGGCUCCCGAGCAGGGCGGUGCGACCUUCCAACCGCAUCAAAUGGUCCCGCAACUUGACAAGACCAGCCUCAGUGUAAUUCGCUUGGGUGAGGAAGUGGCGCGCUCGGCACGGAAACACCGACAACUCGAGGAGCGCAGGUCGAAGUCCCACGGCAGCACUGUUUCCGUGGUCCCGCCCGGUACCGCCUUUCUGAACCAACGCAAGGACCGGACCUCACUGUCUUCUUCGGGGAGCGGAGGUGGCCACCGGUUGACGCCGGUAUUAGUCCAGCCCAGUAGCUGCCCCUCGGUAAAGCAAGAGUCCCCGCAGUCGACGCUACUAGACAAACAGCAGCGCCAGCCGAAGUACAGUCCUACACUGGUGCGGAGGCCGAACUUGGGGCAUCAGACCCUGUGUCCGCUUCAGGUUCAGAUGGUUUCGAUGAUUGUCACUGUCGUCGUUUGCCGUUUGUUUCUUGUUUAGCGGUGGUGCUCAUCGAUGUCUGCUUCGAGUUGUAGCUGUGCAAGCAUAUCAAGUACAUAGAGACGUUGGAGCACGAAGCUAGACGAAGUGCCACCUCCUUGGUGAUUGUGUCAAGUCCUGGCUCAGAGUCGAGCAGCAGCAGCAAGUAGAAACUUACUUGGUGCUCGUUUUUCGACUGGUGAGUAGUACGACUCUCCUUUGAAUAUUAACACUUCUAAAAAUCACAGGAUGAUCUCUCCCGACGCGCGUUAUCCAAUUCUCCUGCGGAAACCAACGAGUCUCCAACCCCCGGAACGUGUUCGGAGGGCGGGGCAGGCCCCAGGCUGGAGGACCACGACCACGAUUAUGGUGCGGCGCCAGCUGUUGGCUCCGAUAGUGAGACGCCUGCUGGUGCCACUUCAUCUCCAAGUGCGAGUCCAAUCAGGGACCCCGCCGCGGAGCUGCUGCAGAGUGCGCGCAACAUUCUCCUCUUGCGAAACAAGAAGACUGCAACGAGCUUCUCAUCGCUGGAUCCGGAUUCAAAGAAACAGGUGGAGGUAGAGCUUCUGCAGGGCAGUUGCAGUGCCGCGCAAGAACCUGCUGCAAAAACUUUGAAACACGAGGAUCUUUUGGCCACGCAACUUGUUCAAACCGACCACAGGAGCUCGUGUCGCCGGGCCAAGGAAAUUUUUGAUGUUGCCGCGGAAAUAAAACCACGAGGGGUCGUCGUUGUGCACGAGUGGACACUUGACGAGGUCCUGCAGUGGGCUGCGCGCGUCGGUUUGGCGGACCGCAUUGUCGAGGUGCUCCGCGAGGAGGAGAUCAACGGCAGCGUUCUCACGUCCCUGCGGGAAGACGACCUGCAAAAACUGGGACUGACGAAAUUUGGACACCGACGGUCCCUGAUGUUGGAGCUGCGGAAAAUUAUCCCAGAGAGUAGUGCAGCUGAAGCUGCUGCUCCUGUAGUUGAGGAUCGAGGACCCGCACCCGCCGAGUCGAAGAGAACCGGGUGGACCUCGUCUAGUGCAUCCACCUCUAUUGAACAGUAUUCGUCGCGCCAGAUUGCUGCACCCUCCUUCGACCAGCCUGAGCGAAACGCGUUACUUGAGCAAUACCACCGAAUCGUUGGCAACACUACAAGCGGCGCCGGUGCACCAGCAGGUGCCAGCAUCUACGAUAGCAUCGGUUCCAACUUUUUACGUGACACUCACCCCUGGUGGUCUUUACGGGCAUCAAGUGCGACAGCGGAAAGCUUACCUGUUUCACAUCACCACGCAUAUCAACUGCCUGAGAACCAGAACUACACUGAAGAUUUUCGCAAGCGGAGCUCUCUCGGCGGAUCUUCUGCAGGGCUGUCUUCGGCGCAUCUUCAAGACCAGCCCGGCGGAGGUGUAUCGUCUACUUCGAAAACGAGCGGGUCUUUCGCACUGAAAUCGCUCUCCAGCGGCAGAAGCAGCUCUUCGCCUAGAAAUUCGCAUUCGCGGUCCCAGCCGCACAUUUUGACUUCCUCCAUUACCAUUGCAGGGCGUUCGCGAGUUCCCGACCACAAUUUCCGUCGCACUGCUGAUGAGCACGACCAUGUUCUUCUUCAAAGCACCAACAGCCUGAUGAACAUGAAUCUUGCCCCUUUGGUUAACAAGCAACACGAACGCGACCACCUGCGCGAGCUGCAGCAGAUACAAGACAACUCUCCGCGACAGCAAGCAGCAGGUGGUGUGGAGCCGAAUAGCUAUCGCAUUCCGUAUCACGAGGUCACGAGGAGCGUCGAGUUGGGACGGGCCGUAAGCCGAGCUGUUUUGCAUCCAAUCAAUCACGAUGCGCGAACAAACCACCGCUACGGUGCCUCGUAUGGUGACAUGAACAUCGAUGCUGGUGGUCCUGCUUGGGGAGGUCAUCAUCAAGAUGGAGGAAGUUAUGGCUACGGUCCGUACAACCACCACAGGGGUUUUGAUGAGGAAAAUGAUUUCAGCAGAAGCGAGCUUGCAGCUAGCAGAUUCGCGAAUGAGGACAUCGACCUGGUCCAUGGACGAGUGGUCGACAGCUGUCCUGGCCAUGGUCACCAGCAGAACAAGAAUAUACACCAGCACGACCGAGAAGUCGGCUUUCAUCCAGGAAGAAAUCGCUCCCUCCAUAGCUCACGCAGUGGGUCGUACAUAAAUCUGAACCACAGCACCACAACAUCCUCCAACAAAUCUCGAUCCGAUUCGGACCAGCAAGAGCAGGUGAACUACCGUGCUUGGUGCCCCGGCGGGAAGCCGGUUCCGGGGUACAUGCAGCACACUGACCUGCUAGACGCUGCGAUUGGGGGAUAAACUAAGAUAAAUCAUUUGCCUUUCGGGGUGAACAUCAAAGUACAGCAAGAAUAAACACUUCGUCCUCCCGCCGCUUGUCCACCUGCAUCAGCGCACUCGAAAUCAAAGGAGCAGAACUCGUCACAGAACCUACUUAUGAUGAAUCAAUCUGUACUACAAGGGCUAACAAUUCGAACAAAUUACUACAACAUCUACUGUACUAGCAACUCUGUUUUUCAUGAUCGCUACUCUGUGUAAAUCAAAUUUAGCGCAAGAACAAUAACGAACUGAAACUAUAGGUAUAGGUACACUAGAUAAUGCCUACGGGGCUCUUAAAGUUAAACUUAAUUCGCAGUUGCCAUAGGCGCAGCGAUAUGUUGAAAAUGCUGAACGAAGAUGGUUCUGGUUGGAGCAAAAAUGCUUCAGUCUGUGCCUUCUACUUGUCCCCAACGAAUGAAAUACAAAUACGGUUUGAGCGAUUCUUCCAGUGGGAUUGUGAUUGCCAUUUUUACCUCGUCCGCGUUCGUAUGUAAUGAAAAUCAAAAUUGUUGAUAUGCGUAAAAUUUGCAUGAAAUUGUGCCACCCACCGCCACCGCCUGUGGAGGCACGGGUACCUUACGAAAUGAACGCAACAGCAUUCGUCUCCUCGUGUUUCUUUUAAAGCAGCAGUACGCUCGUGUUGAAAAAUGACAUCGACAUCCUAGUAGCAGUAUUCACUUAUUUGAUGUGCUUAACGUGUCUCGCGUUGCGCGAUGGUCGACAUAUUAAACAAUGCACUCUGACGAGCUACUUAUGGAGGUGUGACUGCUGUUAUCUCCGCGCGAGGUCGUAGUGGUUUCGUUUUUCUUCAGUCUCUUACCGCUUUACACAUACUUUUACUUUCGGAUAUGGCAGAACUUGUGAUCGUUGUCUCUCGUGUGACGCCUGUCUUCGCACCAUCGCAAGAAAAACAAAAGGUUUCAGUCUGGGUCUACACCACGUGGCGUCAGCAAAGGGCUAGAUGGAAACAAAUCCAUCGUCUUAACAAACACGGACCACGGCAGGGCGAAGUAAGUCGGAUGGGGCGGACACAUCGUCAAA